AUGACCGACAAAAAAAGUUUAGAGUCCAAUAAAGCUCAGGACAAAUCCAGGGCAAAGCAGAUAUCAGCUGAAGCCAGAUAUAUCGGUUCAAAUCCCUUUGAACUGGCGAAAGGUAGUACAUCGAAGCGUAAAAGCAAUGUCACGCUUAAGCUGUCGCAUGCGUUUGGAGAUUUAGAAUCUAGCAAGCGUAUGCGUGUACCAGAUGAUAAUAAGUUGGGAUAUGCUGCGGUGGCGACAAAUGAAUUGAGCGCGAAUGAGAGAAACAGCCAUGCCAAGGAGGACAUGGGGGUGGCUGAAGAGGUUGAGAAGGACAUACAAGAGGUCGACAUAUCUUCGCGAGUAGUGAAUGAGAGUCGGGGCAAAACAAAGGGCCUAGAUACACAGGACAAACCCAGCACGGGGACUAAGAGCAAAGAACCAGGCACGGCCUUCUUCCAGCUGAACGGGGCCGAAACUGUCCCCGAAUAUGAUCCCCAGCUGGAGACCAGAGUUAGUCGUAGCGGAAAAACCAUCAAAACCGGCACAGUCGGUGCUUUUAGUCCCGUAAUUAAAACGGGACGUAAGGCUUCGAAGCAAGACGGAAGUGGCAUAAUCAGGGGCGAUAUUAGUGGAGACAGUGCUAUAAAUAGAACAGAAGCUGAUACCAGAACACAUGGGAGUGAAACGGGCGAUACAAGCGGCGUGGACGAGGGAGAAGGUAUGAGCGCAAACACCAGCCCUCCCGUAAACUCAGCAGAAACACUCCUUACAACACACAACCAUGCACCCAUGAAUGCUGGCAAAUACGCAGCUGUGGUGAAGGCUAAGACCACCCCGAGAGGUAAGCGCGGCCGUCCCUUGGCACGUGGGCGGGCGCGAGCACGUGGCUGGGUGGGAGUCGUACCACAGCACUCGCUUCCAAUUGCGGGAUGUACCGGUAUUGCGAAGGAUGGCAAUGUGGGUGAGACGGAAGAAGUGUCGGGAAUUGAGGAUAGGUGUAUGAGUGUCGGUGAAGGUGAGAACGAGGGUGACGAUGACACGGCCGAGAAAGAGCUCGAGACUCGGCUUAAUAGCGGAAAGGAGGUGGUAGGAGAGUGUGGGGAUACCGGGACGAAACGGGACGGCGAGGUGGCGGAGAGUGUCGGUGAUGGGGCCGAAGCCGAAACGGAUGGCGAGAAGGGACAACUUCAGAAGGUACCCGGGGAAGAGAAAAAUGGUGGUGACGGCAUGGUGGAUAGUGUAAAAGGGCCUGAGGCUGCUACGGUUGCCAUGGAUACAGACAGCGCCGAUGUCAGCACCGCCUUUGAGGUCAGAGACAGCACAGAGAAGGAAAACAUGGAAGGUUGCGCUGCUGGUAGUAAGGACAACAGUGGAAUAAACAACAACGCCACAGAGGAGGAAGACACGGAAGGUUGCGAUGCUGGUAGUAAGGAUAAACAGGUAAACCACAACAGUGGAAUAAACAACAACGCCACAGAGGAGGCAGACACUGAAAUUUCCGAUGCUGGUAGUAAGGAUAAACAGGUAAACGACAACAGUGGAAUAAACAACAACGCCACAGAGAAGGCAGACACUGAAGUUUCCGAUGCUGAUAGUGAGGAUAAACAGGUAAACGACAACAGUGAAAUAAACAACAACGCCGCAGAGAAGGCAGACACUGAAGGUUGUGAUGCUGGUAGUGAGGCCAAACAAGUAAACGACAACAGUGGAAUAAACAACAACGCCGCAAUAAACGACAGCGAGGAAGGGAUGGGGGCUGUUGAGUACGACCACAAAGCUAGUGACGUUGGGAACGGUAGGGAUGUGACUAUUUCGACAGGUGUCUUGACACCUCAACCCCAGACGGCCGACAAGACUGACAGCACCACUGCUGAGAGUUGUGGACGUGUCAAAAGCAACCCUGACACCGACACAGACACAGACACUACAUGUGCAGAGAAAACAAAUAGUACCGAACAAUUGGGGGACAAGACUGGCACAUACGGGGCUGAAGUAGCUUCUGAUAUGACAGGCGACCACAUAGGAGAUAUGGUGGUAGAGGAUAUGUCUGAGGGGGUGGUAAAGGAGGAUGAAAGGAUGGACAUCAAUGAACCUACGCAGGCGGGUGCGCCUGCUAGUACUUGUAUAGGAACGUGGGACAGUGGUGAAGGUGGCAAACCUGCAGAAGAAGAGACUGUCACACCGGCCGAGAAACAACUGGACAAUCAUGCCGGUACACGCGCCGGCACGACCACCGACAUGCACGUAGAUAGUCAAGUAGAUAAAGACACAGGCGCACAGACACACACCCAAAGGGACCUGCAGAAGGAUACACCUGCAGACAACCCUACCGAUACACACACAGACGAGAAAAUAGACAAGGAAACGGAAGGACUCACAGCAGAGCCAAUAGGUGCACACACAAAGGAGGAGAAGGGCACGCAGAAGAGUGGUCUUGCUGACAAAGAUGCACAGUCACACACAGACACCCAGAGAAUCAAGCCAGACGAUACCCACACAAACAAAGCAACAGACAGUGCACACGCAGACGGGCGAAACGACAAACAACCCAGCCCUGAGGCAGGCAAAGAGAUAGAUACACACUCAGACACGCAAAUGGUCAAACAAGACGAAUCUCUUGUAAACAAUAGUGCAGAGACACACACAGCCACGCAAAAGGACAAGCAACCCGAUGUUCUUACCGACAGAGAUACCGACACCCACUCAGGUGUCGCCAUGGAGUCCGACGAGGAUGAGCGGGAGCAACCACAGCAAACACACACACACACACACGACACCAACGACCGAGAUACACGAGGUAGCCGAUCCCGCUCGAGCGCAAGUGCGAGUGUGGACGUCGAUGGCGCGGGUGAGGCUGGCACACGGCCCAUGCGCAUGCGAGAUGGGAUGGGGGGUAGUACGGGGAACGGACGGGGCAAAGCAAGGGCCUUAAUGGGCAGACCUAGGGGCAUAAAGGGGGCCAAACGGAAACGGGAGACGGUCAGUGGAUCGGUGGACGGUGUGGAGGUAGAGCACGGCGUUGGGAAUAUGGUAGGUAUGGGGGAAGACGAUAGCGGUAACACCAGUGUGGGGUCCGGUGCGCAUGCCGACAUGGGGUUAAAAGCCCGGGCCAAAACCCGGCGAAAACCUGGGAAAGGCGGGGCUAAACGACCACACAUCAACAAGUACGCAACCACCGGAGACUUGUAUGCGGAUCUGGUAGAGAUUGAUCAGGACGAGGUCAAUGCCUUGUUCUUUCCCAAGUACGACCCAGCAGCCAUGGUGUGGAACUCAACCCACACAAUCAACCAGAAGAACAAGUACUGCUACUGCGGGGGCAAGCGCACGCGCAAGAACUGCGACCUGUACUGUGACCAGUGCAACAACUGGUUCCAUCUGGACUGUGUGAAGAUCAAUAACUCGCCCACGCUGGCCUAUGGAUUGCACUACAAGUUUGUGUGCAAGGCGUGUGUGUACACGUACGACACGCGGGUUGCCCUGACAGCGGCGAGGGACGCCAAAGAACUUCAGAGCGGUACGAAGGAAACAUCUGCACCUCAAGCAAUGGACAUUAAUUCAGAGACACAAAAGGAAGGGCCAAAUGACAGUACAAAGGGGGCUGAAAUAGGCCUAAACAGGACAGAAGCUGUAGACGUGAUCGAGAAGGCGGUCGAUGGAGAAGUGGACAGAGCCGAUGCGAAAACUGACACUGGUGACAAAAUAAGUUCUGGUGUCAGAAUAAGCUCUGGUGUCAGCAUAAGCUCUGAGGUGAAUAGCAGUGGGGAGCCUAGCACUGGCACUGGCACUGGUAAGAAGAAAGCAAACACCGUAGAGAAUGUCAAAGGAAAUGAGAAAUCGGAUACCACUGCGACACAGACGACCGACGAUGUAGCUAUGGUGAACAAAGACACUCCCUCCCAAGGCGCUACCGCAGACAAUACAGCGGACAUAACCGAAAGCGUGCAGGAGAUAUUCUUUCAAGAAAGCCGCCAGACAUGGCAACCCGUUGUCACACAGACAUUGAGAGCACGCAACCCGAUAUCCGCGGAUAGCGCCAUUUUUUUUGUCUCCAAAAUCGAAUAUUUAAACCUCUUCCUGAUUCCGUUUCUCGUCUUCUUUUGCCACAGAUACAUCGACGCUGAACCCGACCCUUUUAGAAAGGGUCGGGACACCUUCCGCCCCUGUUUACUCAGCGAAGAGGUGGUGCUGUCACACCAGAAACGCGCACGUCAGUUGAAGCUCUCAGACGACCGACUGUCUGUCACGGGUGCCCGAGGUUACUGCCUGGCCAUGGCAACACACUGUGUGCGCAGGGGAACGUACUACUACGAAGUGAAGCUGCUGCCGCCAGAGCCAGUGUCCGAUGAGCUACCCACCUCCACCAGCUACAUGUCUGGUCUCACAGCUGCAAGUAGGUGGCGCCCAAUUGCUCUCUUUCUCUCUAUCUGA